AUGGUAAACCAACGUUUAUUUUCUUUAGAUUUCUCUCUUCUGUGCGCCGAUGGAAUUCCACUACUUAUGGAGGACCAUCGGCCUCGACCCUGUCAACCACGGCCGUGGUUACGCGAGCAGAAAUGCCCGACGGGAUUUUGGUGUCACGAAGGUGACGACGACUCAAGCUAUUACUGUUGCCCAAGGAAUAGAAAAUGUUGGUUUGAUUUGGUAGUAAAUCGAUGCCAUCUGCCGCCAGCUACAGGCCAUGGAAAUAAGGCAAUGAGAAGAUUUUAUUACGAUUGGACUAACGAUGGCUGCCAUGAACUUACCUAUACAGGUAUUGGAGGCAAUGAAAAUAGCUUUAUCAGCUAUGAACUUUGCGAGGAAACCUGCAGAGAAAAUGAAACAGCAAAUUUACUUUUAACCCUCAUGUCAAUUGUAAUCUGUUUGACGAUAGCUAUAGUCUGUUUGCGCAAGGCUCGUAAGACCAUACUAACAAACAAGAAUGGUUCACUUGCUAUUGAGUCGGCACCCACUUACUUGAUUUGA